AAGCUGGCGCCAGUAGCCCGAGAUGCAGUAGCCACUGGAGGUCCUGCAGUUUGGGAGCAGGAGCCAGGUCAGCUGAGGCACGGGCCUGGUUCUGUUCCCCAGGGGCCCAUGGCGAGCAGCCCUGGCCUGGGCCUGUGCUUGGCACUGAGCCUGCAGUUGUUGAACCCCCGGCUCACCUUGGCCCAUAAGACUGUCCACACCCGGAAUGAAAGCUACACUACCAUCCCUUCCACAACACCACCACCCAGCGGGGCCCUGUCCCAGGGUGCAGUUACUGUCAUCAUCACUGUGUUCUCAGUCCUGGGUAUCCUCCUCCUGGUAGUGGCACUGGUCCUGCUGGGUCGGAAGCUUCGGGAGAAACGCCAGACAGAGGGCACCUACCGGCCCAGCAGUGAAGAGCAGUUGUCCCAUGCGGCUGUGGCAGCCCCAGGUCCCCAGGACUCGAAGAACAAGGCGUGGGGCUGGGUGUCCUGCUGGGAUUAGGGCGGGUGCAAAAGGUUUGGGCCCCCAGGGGCUGAGACUUUGGCGAGCGCCGAAACUGAUCACCCCUUUCCCCUCCCCUGGUCAUUUGACUAACAUUCCACCCUCCCGGAGGCCACUUAACUCUCUCAGGUCUAAUCUUCCCCUCCCAGUGAAUAAUAAUAGGUAUUUGAACUGAAAAGGAGGUGCUUGGAAAAGGCUUCCACUCCUACUGGAAAUCCUCCCCCACCCCCUUUUCUCUGAAAUUUCCUCCUCCCCUUUUCCUGAGCCACUACCUCCAAUUCCCUAGAAUUGUCCUGGGGAGGGGCUGCUUGAUUUGUGUUUUUUAUAAAGAUGGUCUUAAGGUCAA